AGGGCUGUGGCUCAGGGCUCGCGCGGGCCGUGUACCCUGGGAGCCUCUCCCCCGCGACCUCGCGGGAGGCGUGCGCGCGGCCGCCCCCUGCCAGCUCCGCGCGGUCCGCCCACGGGCUCCGCGCCCUCCGCCGGCCAUGGCGCCGCCCGCCCGCGGAGCCCGCGCCGGCUGCUGCGCGCGUAGGGCGCUGGCCGCGGCCGCGGCGGGCCUCGCGGCGGAGGCGUUCUACCUCCCUGGGGUGGCCCCCAACGAGUAUCCUGCAGGGGGGCAGGUGGACCUAAAGGUCAACAAACUGACAUCCGUCAAGACUCAGCUGCCAUUUGGGUACUACACGCUACCCUACUGCCAGCCGAAGCAGAUCCAGGAUAGCGUCGAGAACCUCGGAGAGCUCUUGGUGGGCGACAUGAUCGAGAAUUCGCCCUACGACAUUCGGAUGCUGCAGAACGCCACAUGUGAACUUCUUUGCAGUCAGGCUUUCACCAAAGAGCACAAGGAUCACUUCCGCAGCAUGAUCGACGAUGGCUACCUGGUGAACUGGAUAGUGGACAACCUGCCAGCCGCGACCCGCUACAGCAGAAAGGCAGUUGGCGGCCCCGACUACCACUACACGAACGGGUUCCCCGUCGGCGUGGAGCGGGCUGGCAGGUAUUAUUUGCACAACCACGUCAAACUGAGCUUCAAAUUUCACGCUAGCCCGUACGACUAUGAGGGCUACAGGAUCGUCGGCUUCGAAGUGGAGCCUCACAGUAUGACCCAGGGGCAGAUGGGGCCGAACGGGUGGUCGCCGACCCUGUGCCAGGACACAUCCGCCGAGCCAGUGUUUGAUAUCGACGCGCACGACAAUGUGGCGUACACCUACGACGUGGAGUGGAUAGAGAGCGACCUGCGAUGGGCCUCUCGGUGGGACAGCUACCUGAAAAUGACGGGUGGGCAGAUUCAUUGGUUCUCCAUCCUGAACUCGCUCAUGAUCAUGCUCUUCCUGUCUGGCAUGGUCGCGAUGAUCUUGCUGCGGACCCUCUACCGAGAUAUAACCAAGUACAACGAGCUCGCCACAGCGGAAGAGGCCGCCGAGGAGACGGGCUGGAAGCUCGUGCACGGCGACGUCUUCCGCAAGCCCGUGCACUCGAAGCUGCUGGCGGUCUGCGUCGGCUCGGGCGUGCAGAUCCUGGGCAUGUCGGCCGUCACCCUGCUCUUCGCGCUGCUGGGCCUGCUGUCGCCGGCACACCGCGGGGGCUUGCUGCAGUCGAUGAUGCUCCUGUUCACGCUCAUGGGCAUGUUCGGGGGCUUCGCCUCGUCUCGCAUGCACAGGCUGUGGGACGGGGGCGACUGGAAGCUCACGACCUUGCUCACUGCAUUCUUGUACCCAGGGACGCUGUUCACCGUCUUCUUCGUCUUGAACCUGUUGAUCUGGGGGCAGAAAUCCUCUGGUGCAGUGCCUUUCACCACGAUGUUUGCGCUCCUGGUCUUGUGGUUCGGUAUCUCCGUCCCUCUUGUGUUCCUCGGCGCGUACAUCGGCUUCAGGAGGCCUCCGAUUGAGGUGCCCGUCCGGACGAACUCCAUAGCCCGGCAGAUUCCAGCGCAGCCUUGGUUCAUCCAGCCAGUGUUCACCUCUGCGGUUGGGGGCAUCCUUCCCUUCGGCGCUGUCUUCACCGAGCUGUUCUUCAUCAUGUCCUCACUGUGGCAGCACCAGUUCUAUUACCUCUUCGGUUUCCUAGCGCUGGUGCUCGUUAUCCUGGUCAUCACUUGCGCUGAAAUAUCGAUCGCGAUGACGUACUUCCAGCUCACGUCGGAGGACUACCACUGGUGGUGGCGCUCCUUCUUCUCGAGCUCCACCUCCGCGGUGUACGUGUUCCUCUACUCGGUGCUGUACUUCUCGACGCGCCUGCAGAUCGAGAAGGUGGUGUCCACGAUGCUGUACUUCGGGUACAUGUGGGUGAUGUCGCUGACCUUCUUCUUGCUCACCGGGUCCAUAGGCACGAUCUCGUCCUUCUUCUUCGUGCGGGUCAUCUACGGCUCGAUCAAGAUAGACUAGGCCUCGAGCGGUCCGAGGCGGGGCGGCGGAGCCGCCGGAGCCCUGAGGCAGCUGCCGAGAGCGGGGCCCUGGGGCGGAGACCGCGGGAGACGUGGCCCCUCCCCCCUCGCCCCUCCAUCUUCCCCCUCCCUUCUUUCCAUCUCCCCCCUCGCC